AAGACGUCACCCUCCGCUUUGAGCGUGCCAACCAAGUGCGCAGCUCCUAACUGUGCAACUACAAUCUCGACAUGCUUACGGACGAGCGAGAAAUCCUCACAUCCGUCAACACAAGCACUCCGGCACCGAUUUCUGCAGCGGUUCGGUAGCUAGGACACCAUUUAUCACUACAGGACGUUUUUUGGGCUUCUUUGCUGCGCACUAAAAGCUGAAUCCGAUUCGCGAGGAUUUAAAGGAAGGAGCAGGGACUCUUAAGGGACAAAGUAAUGAUGGAGGAGGGGUCAGGUUCCCGGUCAUGCAGUGCAAAGCCUCACCGCAGUCUGGUGGAAUGGAAGAAAAGAGUGAAGUCUGAGUACAUGAGGUUAAGACAGUUAAAACGCUUUCGCAAAGCUGAGGAAGUUAAGGCUCUGUUCCAGUCUAAUCGGCGUAAGAUUGAAGGAAGAACGGAGCUAUUGAAUGAGGAAUGGUCUAAGCUCAGAAUCCAGUCUAUCCCUCUGUCCACCCCAAGUGGCUCUCUGCCCAGUAAAAAGUUGUGCAUGGUGGAGUUUGGCAUUCCAUCUUUUCCGAACCAAGCAGUUGCCAUGCGUCCCUUGACAACUGUCGCUGGGAUACCAUUCAUGUACUCCUGGUCCCCUUUGCAGCAGAACUUCAUGGUGGAAGAUGAGACAUUUUUGCAUAAUAUCCCCUACAUGGGAGAUGAGGUGUUGGAACAGGAUGAGGCUUUUCUGGAGGAACUCAUUGAUAACUAUGAUGGGGUUCAUGGGGACAGAGAGGGUGGCUUCAUAAAUGAUGAGAUCUUCAAAGAGCUGGUGGAGGCGUUGAGUCAAUACUCAGAUCCAGAGGAAGAGGGGGAGGAAGAGCCUGCAGAGAAUAAGGAGGAGGAAGGAGAGGAGAAAGGAACCCAAAAAAGUACAGCAGAGUCUACGGAAGAGUCUAAAGUGAGCUUUAUCAAGAGGAAAAGGAGGAGCACCACUGAAGGAAGAGAUCCUACCAUCAAUAAGAAGGUUCCCAAUGACAAGAUUUUCACAGCAAUUGCAUCCAUGUUUCCUUACAAAGGCACAAUGCAGGAGCUGAAGGACAAGUAUAAGGAUCUCCUGGAGCCCUCCAGCACUGUAAAGUUGCCUCCUCUCUGCACGCCCAACAUGGACGGCCCCUUUGCCAAAUCUGUUCAGAGGGAACAAAGUUUGCACUCUUUUCACACACUUUUCUGUCGCCGCUGCUUCAAAUACGACUGUUUUCUUCACCCAUUCCAUGCAUCUCCUAAUGUAUAUAAGAGAAAGACUAAAGAGAUCAGAAUAGAGACAGAACCCUGUGGACAAGAAUGCUUUCUGCUUCAGAAAGGGGCGAAAGAGUUUGCUGAUCAAAAUAUGCAGAGGUCUCAAAGAUCUCGCCGCAGGCGGCGACAGCCCCGCCCGUCCAGUUCAAGUGGCACCACCCACUCAGGGUCAGGUGAGGAGGGAAAAGAUGGAGACAGUGACCAUGAGACCACCAGCUCCUCAGAGGGGAACUCAAGGUGUCCAAGCCCCACCAAACCGAGAGCAGGCGAGGAAGGAGUAGAGGACUCCGAAUCACCUCCACAAUGGAGCGGAGCGGAGGAGUCUCUGUUUAGAGUCCUACAUGGCACAUACUUCAAUAACUUCUGCUCCAUCGCACGACUCAUUGGAACCAAAUCAUGCAGAGAGGUAUACAGGUUUGCUGUGAAAGAGGUGCUGAUUCACCGCGUACCAAUGGAGGACGGUGGGAUCUCACCACAGAAGAAGAAGAGAAAGCACAGAUUAUGGGCAAAGAUACAGUUAAAGAAAGACAGCUCGUCAAAUCAGGUGUACAAUUAUCAACCAUGUGACCACCCUGAGCACCCGUGUGACAGCUCCUGUCCGUGUGUGAUGACCCAGAAUUUUUGCGAAAAAUUCUGUCAGUGUGACCGAGAGUGUCAGAACCGGUUUCCAGGCUGUCGCUGCAAGACUCAGUGUAACACUAAGCAGUGUCCUUGUUACCUGGCAGUGAGGGAGUGCGACCCAGAUCUCUGCAUGACCUGUGGGGCGGCCGAACAUUGGGACAGCAAACAGGUCUCCUGCAAGAACUGCAGCAUUCAGAGAGGACUCAAGAAGCAUCUGCUCCUGGCACCAUCUGAUGUUGCAGGAUGGGGCACAUUUAUCAGAGAAGCAGUCCAGAAGAACGAGUUCAUCUCUGAAUACUGCGGAGAGCUUAUUUCCCAGGAUGAGGCAGACAGGAGAGGCAGAAUCUACGACAAAUACAUGUCCAGCUUUCUGUUCAACUUAAAUAAUGACUUUGUAGUGGAUGCCACCCGUAAAGGAAAUAAAAUACGAUUUGCCAACCAUUCUGUAAACCCCAACUGUUACGCGAAAGUUGUCAUGGUUAAUGGAGACCAUCGCAUUGGAAUCUUUGCCAAGCGAGCCAUACAGUGCGGAGAAGAGCUGUUUUUUGAUUAUAGGUACAGUCAAGCAGAUGCAUUAAAGUAUGUGGGCAUUGAGAGGGAAAUCGACAUAGCGUAGACAUGACUGUUUGUCUGUUAACAUUUCUAGCUUAAUGUUAAUGUUUCCACCUCUCUGAGCGUGAAGGAAAAUGUUAUUGGUAUAUUCUGCGCCCAUAGAAAAAGUGAUUUUGUGAUGAUGUCAUAGUUUUUGUUGAGGCAUUAAUUUUCAUCAUGGCUUUAAAGAUGACAUCGCUACCUUAAUCUUAACACGUGGCUUGACAAAAUUGUCUAAAACAAGCAUUUUGUUGACCUUUUUUGAGACAUUUGUUAAAACUAGAAGGAACCAGGUGGUGUCUCUACAUUACAAAUACACUCUUCCACAUUUGCACUAUAUGGACAAUACCACAGAAAGUUGAUAAACAGAUGUAAUUAUUCACUGAAAUGAGGACAUGUUGUGUAAAGCAAGAAGAAUUAGAUUUUUGUCAGUUCUUACACACCAAAUAGCUAUAACCCCUGUAUACUCAAUAUAUAUAUUGUAACUGCAACCUAAACACUUCACACUUAAAGUAACUGUCGUUGUUGUUUUUGGUCCAAACAUUCCAUUGUGCAAAAUAUCAGCAAUUGUUCAGCAAUAUUUCAUAGGUACAGACUUGCACUUAGUGGUCAAAACAUUUCUCUACAAGAAACUUUAGUCAUAGCAGGCUUCAUUUGCAACUUGCAACUUGGUGUUUUUCGAUGUUCUAUCUAACGUCUAUCUAUCUAUCUAUCUAUCUAUCUAUCUAUCUAUCUAUCUAUCUAUCUAUCUAUCUAUCUAUCUAUCUAUCUAUCUAUCUAUCUAUCUAUCUAUCUAUCUAUCUAUCUAUCUAUCUAUCUAUCUAUCUAUCUAUCUAUCUAUCUUCUUUAUCAGCUGUAAGCAGCUUGCUGUAUUGCACAAAGCAUUUUAGCUAACAUAGCACUAAAGCAGUUAAACGUCAUUUCUGAUUCAAUUGUAAAAGGUCAAAUAUUGUUUUGUAAUAAUAUAACAAAACAAGUAACUAUAUAAACCGACAGACUGAAUGUGCGCUAAAUAGUGAACUAAAGAAUAUUGUUUAGCAGGCUUUUUUAAGAUUGAGUGUACAAAAUAACCUAACAAGUUGGUUCCACUGUCAUCUGUACCAAUUUAUGUAAAAUAAAGAGCUAAAGCAAACUUGUU